ACCAAGCACCUGUUCAUUAUCCAGUAUUAUUCUUGAACCUCUCUUCCUACACCGUUUGCUGUGCCAGCGACUACGCAAUCAGGGUAGAAAUCUCUUGCUAGCGGCGAGGUUGGCAGCCUCCUACUCCCUGGCAACAACGCACGCCACCUCUGCAGUCAGACGUAGGCUAUUAUAGGUUGCUAGGGGCUAGGACGGGGACGCCCCCCUCCGCUCGCGAAACCCCGUUGUAUUCGUGCGAUGUCUGUCCUUGGAGUUGUAAACUCUCCUCUCCUGGCGAAGCGACAUUUUGACGAGGGCGAGGCCACUGAGGGCUUCGACCGGGCGGGCUUCGGCGGCAAGCGGACACGGACAGCAGCGAGCCCAGCUCGUUGCGUCCCGUUCGUCGCCAGCGGGUCCGGCGUGCAUGCGGUCCCACCAACUACUAUCGCUGCGCUCCUGGCCCUCUUCCCGGGGAUGGAUGAGCGGGCUGUGACGAGCGUCCUUGCGGAAUGCGGCAACAACAUUGACGCAGCCAUCAAACGGCUGGGCGAGCUGCGACUAUCCGUUGGGAGUACUGCUGCAGCUGACCACCGAGAAGCGCAACCAUCAACGCCGCCGCCCCCCAGCUCGCAAGCUGCGGCUGCAGCCGCGGCCGCGGCAGAAGCGACUGGAGCUGACGCGGGCACAUCGGGCGGCCCCGCGACGGCGGAGCAGUGGGUGGAGGUGCUGGUGGGGGAGAUGAGCGCGGCACGCGACCUCACGGACGCGCGGACGCGGGCGGCGGGCUUUUUGCGGCAGUUUGAAGCAUUUGUGGUGCGAUACGUGCGGCAGCAGCAGGACGGGGGGGCGUCCACAUCGGCGGCGUCACCAGAGCCGGGCACCGGCGCCGGCGCCUCUGCUGCUGGCGCCGGCGCCUCCUCCCACCAGUCUGUGGCUCAGCGCGCGGCCAAGCUGGCGGAGGAGAACGCCCUGCUGAAGAAGGCGGUGCAGAUCCAGCACCGGCAGCUGCAGGAGAAGGCGGCGGCGGAGGGCGAGGCGGCGAACCUGAAGGCCAUGCUGGCGCAGUACCAGGAGCAGGUCCGGAGCCUGCAGCUGACAAAUUACUCGCUGAGCCUGCACCUGCAGAAGGCCACCAACAGCGACCACCUGGGGCCGCACCGCAACCCUGACGUCUUCUGAGCCCGGGCACGGCAGCUGGGGCGGCGAGGGAGCAGCGGGCGCGGCGCUUGUUUCGGUAUGUGGCGUGCGAGGCUUGCAGCGGUGUCGCGUGCCGUCCGCUUGGCAUGAGGGAGAGGAAGUGAUGGGAUGGCAAUGCUGGGGUGGCUCGCACGGGUGGCUUGGUAUUCCGCCCAAUGUGGGCAGGAGACCCAGGCGCGGAGGGGAGGUGGGGUGCAGCAGGACCUCGUGGUGGUGGAGUGGUGGUUGUUGCGAUCGGGUGCGCUCGUUUUGCGUAGCAGCAGCAUGCCGGGAAGGGCAGCGGCAGCAAAGCCUGGGUUGUAAAUGUACGGGAUGCAUUUGAUGGCGCGGCUGCGAUGGCGGCUGGCGGUUGCGGAGGGCAGGCGCAGUGCGCUCCUGCUGGUCCGAUUGGUGGGUGCGGGGACUUGAGGGGGAAGCGCUGCGAGCAGUCAGCAGCCAGCAGAAGCAGUGGUCGACGCAUGUCGCCGCCGCGCGGGCGAUCCUUUGAGUGGAGGGUCGGGGACACCUAGCCAGGCUGAUCGUAUAUGUUGCCCCCUCACAAGCGAGUGAUAGCCACUUGAGGUUGCGAGUGUGCGUUGUUAAGAUGUUGCAAAAGGACUUACAGACGAUAACUUGCGUCGGUGAAUACGCGCGUGCGCCUGUGAGCACAGUGCGAGAGUGGGACGCAUUCCCAGCACAAGUCUCGGGAGUACGGCGCAUGCGCGGCUGCACGGUGCUCGGGGCAAGCCGGCAAGGUAUGGCCCUGUAUCACAGGCAAAGAUGCGUUAUAGCUGGUGACUUUCAUGACACUGCCUUGUCGCCACUUCAUGCAUGAAGGUGGCUGUUCGUUCCGGGUUGUGCCUGGCUUUCCCGGGUCCUAAUAGAGCCUGCGCACUACGCAAUCACCGUUCUGCUGGCUUGAGGCGCUCAAAGUCACCAAGCUGCUCACACGCGUGCAGUGGGUACUGACAAACGUGGUAAUGCUGUACUGCAUGUAACCGCUCACUGUG